AUGCUCUCGCUCGAUCCGACGAAGAGAAAGCGCCAGUCCGGGGGCACCACCGCCAUCAUGUGCAUCAUCAGAGGAGACAGGCUCGAAUACCCACAGCCUCCUCAGCCUCCUCCCCCCUGGCUGCUGCCCUACAACACCUCCAAAGUCGCCCUCCUCAUCGAGAACUGGCCCAGCGCCGUCCUCGCCCCGCUCAUGCUGCACUUCAUCUCCGUCGUGCCCCCCGACUGGCGCUUCCGCUUCAUGGGCUCCCCGCAAUCCGUCGCCUCCAUCAACCGCUCCGUCGCCAUCCGCCACCACGUCGCGGGCGGCAAGCUCGAUCUCACGUACAUCCCCGAGAACCUGAGCACCAACGGCCAGGAGGAGAUUAGCCAGUUCCUGACCACGCUGUGGCUGUACGAGGUCGUGCUUCGGCCGGCGGAGUGGCUGCUGGUGUUUCAGACGGAUUCCAUGCUGUGCGCGAACAGCAGGCUGAAUCUCAACGACUUUCUGGAAUACGACUGGGUGGGCGCGCCGUGGAAUCCUGUCGGUCGGUGGGGUGGCAACGGAGGACUGUCGCUGCGGCGCGUGAGCCGCAUCAUUGACGUUUUGCGCAACCAGCGGCGUGCCAAUGGCUCUCAGCCGGAAGACGUCUGGCUUUCUGAGCGGCUUGCUCAUCAUCCCGGCGGAAAGGUGGCCAACGGAUCUGUCUCGAUGACGUUUGCAGGGGAGAUGCAUGACGGACGGACGAUGCUGAACUCGAGUAGCCCUGGAGUGGAUCAACCUGACAGCGAAGACUAUAUUCCAGGAGUUGAUGACUGGAGAAAAGGCUUCUACGAGCCAAUGGGCUACCAUAUUGGUGGGAGCGGUUCCUUCCUACAUAGCCCGGUCUGGGGCAUGCCGGAACUGCGGGAACACAUGUAUAAGUACUGUCCCGAGAUCAAGAUGACACUGGCCAUGGACGUGGCCAAAUACGUGCCCGGCAACUGCGGCGCACGAUGGACAUAG